CAGCUGUGUGGGCAACUCUCUAGAACGUACAUUAAUGUGUUUGCUUUUCUCCCCUUCUCCUGUGAGACUGUGACCCUGUCCCGCCAUGCAGCAGAUGCCGAGGCUUGUUCCCUCAAUUCCAGAUGAUACCCCUUCAGAGCUCGCAACUCACUUCCUUCCAUAAUGAGGGCUGCUUCCCUCCAUCCAUAAAUGGUUCCUGUGGCAGGGUCCAUCUCUCUCUGGAGAACAAAGAACUGUGGGAGGAGUUCUACACACUUGGCACUGAAAUGAUCAUCACCAAAUCUGGCAGACGUAUGUUCCCACCUUGCAAAGUGAUUGUUUCCGGCCUGAACCCUUACUCUCUCUACCUGAUGCUGGUGGAUAUUGUACCUUUGGACAACGCUCGGUAUAAAUGGCACUGUGGCCACUGGGAGGCAGUCGGAAAAGCUGAUCCCCAUUUCCCCAGUCACUUCUACCUCCAUCCAGAUUCUCCAGCUCCUGGCAGUCACUGGAUGAAAGAACCAAUCUCUUUCCAGAGACUCAAGAUCACCAACAAUACUCUGGAGCAGUGUGAACAUAUUAUAUUGCAUUCGAUGCACAAAUACCAACCACGAUUCCAUGUGGUGCUGACCAGCGCACAUACACUCACCCUGCCCUGGAAUGCUGUGGCCACGUUUGUGUUCCCAGAAACAACUUUUAUGGCUGUGACGGCCUAUCAGAAUUCCAAGGUUACCCAGCUGAAGAUUGAUAACAAUCCAUUUGCAAAGGGGUUCCGAGAGAAUGGCCUCAGCUCUAAGAAGAACCGAGGGAAAAAUGUUCAAGGUACUGAAAUGGUCAAGCAAGCAAGUGCUGAGGAGACAGGCUGUGACCCCCUCACCGAUGUGAAAGUUCAGUGUGAUGCACUUCCUUCCUCCAGCCUGGAGCCUUACCCUCAGAGCUCCAUUGUGGUUACCCUAGAAGACAUGGACCUCUGGAUGCAGUUUCAUCAAGUAGGAACUGAGAUGAUCAUCACCAAGUCUGGCAGACGAAUGUUUCCACAGUGCAAAAUCAAAGUCUCUGGCUUGAUCCCGUAUGCUAAGUACCUCAUGCUGGUGGAUUUUGUGCCAAUGGACAACUUCAGGUACAAGUGGAAUAAGGAUCAAUGGGAAGUUGCUGGAAAAGCAGAGCCACAGCUCCCCUGUCGUACAUACAUACAUCCAGAUUCUCCAGCUCCCGGCAGCCACUGGAUGAAAGAACCUGUCUCCUUCCAAAAGCUGAAGCUCACCAACAAUACCCUGGAUCAACACGGACAUAUCAUCCUUCACUCCAUGCACCGCUACAAGCCUCGCUUCCACAUCGUUCAGGCAGACGACCUGUUCAGUGCCCGCUGGAGCAUCUUCCAGAUGUUCAGCUUCCCUGAGACUGUCUUCACCUCGGUCACUGCCUACCAGAAUGAGCAGAUCACAAAACUCAAGAUUGACAACAAUCCAUUUGCUAAGGGAUUCCGGGAACAUGGGAAGAACACUCGAAGGGAAGGGCGAGCCAAAGGCCAGAAAUUUAGUCCAGCCAAAGGCCAGAAGAGGAAGCUGCCAGAAGAAACAGAGUCUGGUGCUGAGGAAUCUGAUUUUGUGAAGGAUGAGAAUGUGGAGGUGAAGGAAGAGAGUAAUUCCAUUCCUGUCAGCGGCGGGUACCCCUUUUGGGUCUCCGAGCAGAACGGCAGCCACUCCAUCCCUGUAGCGUCACCAGCACCAGCAGACCAAAGAGAGGCAAGUGCCAGAGAGCAGCAAGUGCCAACACCUUCCUCCUACCAGACAUACAGGUUCCAUGACAAUGGGGAUACGCAGCAGGCGCCCGCUCGUGACAUCCUCGCUUUAAAUGAAUUCCGGGCCAGAUCCCACCGAGUAGAUAUAGCCACGGUGCCCGAGCAAGAUUCCAAACAGCUGUCAGAAGGUUUCACCAACCUGCCUACACUCCACCCUCCACUACCUCCUCCACAGGACUAUACUGGGGUGGUCAACAUGGCUGUAGACUCUGCUGGGAAACCAGGCGCCAGAGGGCCAAUGUACAAUCCAUAUGGCACCGAGCAAGGCCUAGGCCAAUGGAUGGUACCUUCCCACAGCCAGUACAGGGCAAUGAGCUAUUCUCCCUUCUCCACAGAUUAUAAUACUCAAGGGGCUUCAGGGCAUGCCCAUGGGAGCAUGGCAGACUGGAGCCAGUACCCUUUGUUCCCCUAUGCCUGCUGGUGAAGGGGAGGAUUCUUCCCAAUGAAAGAACUCAAAGAACAUUGUAAGGAAGACCACUUUAAAAUUUGCUCUGGGAUUGUCAACUUGUGGCCCUGCCUACAGUAGGCAAAGAGGUGUUGCAACAAAUCAUAGGCUGGGACACGUUUAAUCUCGCAACAUCCGUACAACAACUUGUGCCCCCAGUCAACAGCCGUCCUUCAAGCACUGGUUGUACGGGUUGGUUGCAACUCCUCCAUUAGUUGAGGUCUGUCUGAAUCAAUGUAUUCUACAAUGCUGCCUGCAAAGUGUGGAUGGGAAGUCACUAGCAUUGCAGCUGCACUGGUUCAGCCAGCUUCUUAACUCUAACCUAAAAUGCAUUUGUAUCUUGUGUUUGGAAAUUACCCAAAAGCCCCUGCUCCCAGAAGAAUGCUAGCCAGGGGACAUAUGCCUAAGGUGUCACAGAAUGUACCACAGGUGGACACACCAAAACAGUUCAGCCAUAAGCAUAGUGGCUGUGUGGAUGCAGGCAUUGUAAGGACAUGCCAGACAACGAACCAGUCAAUGUCCCUGCAGUGCCGCCUUCAAUUAGUGUUGUAGACAACCCCAAUAACUGACCGUAGAAAGUACAGCCAUAGUCGUGGCCCUUUCCCUAAAGCUGUGUAAUGGAGAAGAUGCAGCAAUGCAUGUGCUCCUGAAGCAGAGUUGGAAGGGUCACACAGGCAGAUCCAAGUUCAUUGCACACAAUGACUGCAAGUGUCUGUGUUUGUCUCCAUGUGUCGUCAUACCAGCUCCCUUAGCCUUACUCAAUUCACACCUGCUAACCCAGUGGGUCUCAAACUUUUUUACUGGUGACCCCUUUCACAUCGCAAGGCUCUGAGUGCGACCCCCCCCAAUAAACUAAACACCCUUUUUAAUAUAUUUAACACCAUUAUAAAUGCUGGAGGCAUGUGGGGCUUGAGGUAGAGGUUGACAGCUUGCGACCCCCCAUGUAAUCAUCUUGUGACCCCCUGAGGGGUCCCAACCCCCAGUUUGAGAACCCCUGUGUUAACCCAGUGUUUUCUCGUUGUCCUUUUUGUUGCUAUUUUCAGUUGAGCUGGUGGCGUUUGGGAGAUGCCCUGGGAGUUCUCGGAAGGGUCUGAUAUUGACCGAAAUAGGACCAUGUUUAGCAGAGCUCACUCUGUUAUGCUGACCUCUGUCUUUGUGAGGGAAGGUGUUUUUCACUGUAAAUCUCAAAUGUCCCCCACCUUUGGUUCUCCCACAGCUCCAGACAGGGCCGGCUCCAGUGUUUUUGUUGCCCCAAGCAGCAGGGGGAAAAAAAAAGGCCACGAUCGGCAGCACUUUGGCGGCAG